AUGCAGGAUAAAGACGCUUCGCUCGAGCCAUCCACGGAGUCGGCAAAGCUGCUGAGCGCACCGGUGCCGAGAGGGUCAGCUGACGUCGUCAGACGGGUCGCUCGCGAGGGAUCCCUCGGGGUGGGCUUCCGACCCACCGACCCGGAGUUACUGAGCCUUCUGCAGAAGCGGGUUGAGGAAGGAACCGGGCACGCAAACGUCACGGAACUGCCCGGGGGGCCGGGGGCCCUCGAUCCCGAGAUACUGUUCAACGCUUCCGACGCAACCCCAGAAGCGCCCCCAACCCGCGAAAGCGCGCGCUUCUUUUUCUGCACGCGCGCCCGCGCUCGCAACGGCCAGUGGUCCCGGAAGACGGCCUCCGGUUGGUGGGACCAGGAGCGUAACCCGACCAGUUUUGCUCCGGGGGAGUACACAGCUAACCGGCCGCAGAUGGUGAUCUUUAACCACAAAACGGCGGGGCCGGGAAAAGCUACCGGGCUCAAGUGGCAGAUGCAUGAGUACCAGAUUUCUCGAGACGAGCCGCUGGUCUUGUGCAAGGUCAUGCAAGUCGCGGAGCAGCCCCGGCGGAAGCCCGUGAAGAGGCAGCGGAGUCCGGCGGAGCAGGCGGAAUCCGGCGUGCCAGACAAACCGCUCGGAAGUCGAAUCCGCCCUAGACGCCCGGAAAGCGCUUCAGCGGAAUCACCUUGGCCGGAAGCCGCUCAGGGAACGCGGCUCGAAGGUCUUUUGGACGAUGUUUUGAGAGGCAGGAGACCGGUCGUAGUCUCGAGCGGAACUGAACGGAAUGCAACGGAACGGGGUCCUGCGGAAAGUCUAGGGGAGCUACCUGACAUCCUACUGGGGCAGCCUUUGGACGCGCCAACAAACCUUUCCGCUCAGGCCGCCGGAAUCCGUCCAUUGGGCCCGGAACUCCCUACAGUACAGCCCUUAUCAGGCGCGACUGCAGAGUCAGAAAUUGCGGCGGCAAUUGCGCCAGGAACGGUUCUGCUGACGUUUCCGGAGCCAGUUAAUGACGUCAGCAACGAGGAUCGGAUGACGUGGCAGAACAGGGAAGACGCGUUGCGACUCGUGCAGCGCGCGUUGAGCGAAGCCGAGGGGGCGUCUCCGGACAAGAUGGCAGCGGUUCCGCCGGAACAACAAGCCUUCCGGAAAGGGGCUUGA